UUCAGCUGACAGGUUGUGAGCCUCCUGUCCCUGCUGGGAAAAGACAAAGACCGACAGAGGGGGUUUACACACACACACACACACACACACACACACACACUGACGGGAGUUUCAGCUUGCAGCGGUGACGCACUGUGAGCUCACUGAGCCAGCUCAGUGUUUAUGUCUUUUUUUCGCCACACACACACACACACAGAGGAGAGGAGCCAGAGAGAAGGGAAACCUCGCUUACCGGCUUUGCGGUUUUCAUCCAUUCCUUCUUUUAAUUACACCUCCUGAUUGAGUCCACUACAUCUGAUGAUGCUCGUCUCUGAACACUGAUUUCAACGCCUUAUUUUCACCAAACCGAUCAUAUGAACAUAGAAGAAUACAUUGAAGAAGAUGAGGAACCACCUUUGCUGCUCCGCUCUCGUCCUUCUCACGGUGUUUGGCUGUGGUGGGACUGCAGCAGUGCAGUGUCGGUGGGGGGAAGGGUGUGUGUGUCUGCAAUGCCCUGCAGGCCAGGAGCCCUCCAAGGCUUGUGGGCAGAUCCAAAGUCCAACAGAGGAAGUGCAAUGUCAGUUGUGCCCAACUGGAAGCUUUUCAGACGCAUUUGACUCUGAGGUUUGCCGCCCGCACGCCUCCUGCGAGAUCCUCGGCCGCACGGUUGCAACCCCUGGCACUGCGACUUCAGAUGCUGUCUGCGGGGACUGUCUGCCUGGGUUUCACUUCACUGCCACAGGGGAAGUUUCCGACCAAAGUCCUUGUGUGAAAACAUCUUUGCAAGUCAGGACGGUGCGAACAGUGGGUAAAGGUCCAUCCAGCGGUGCAGGAGGGCCGGUCAACGGCACAGUGGUACGCAGUGCUGAGGAGAAGACGGCAGAGUACGCUGUGUUUGCUCUGGUGCCAAUCUUCUGCGUGAUGGGCCUGUUGGGUAUCCUCAUCUGCAACAUCCUAAAGAAGAAGGGAUACCGCUGCACUGCUGACAAGGAGGGAGGGGAUGAAGAAACUGCCACACCACAGAAAGAAGGUAACAACUGUCCCUACAUAUCUGACGACGUGAAUGAAGACACCAUCAGUGUCCUGGUUCGCCUCAUCACUGAGAAGAAAGAAAAUGCUGCUGCACUGGAGGAACUGCUGCUGGAGUACGAGAGCAAACAGUUGGCCAUGAGCAAAGGCUCGUCAAUCAAGUUCCCCAUGCUGUCUCCCCUGUCCCCGUUCCGCUCCCUCCCCAGGCUGUGCCCCCACCAGUCCCACCUCCACACCAUCUCCGGCCUCUCCGGCCUGGCCCCGAAACACGGCUACCGCUGCACCCGCUGCGCCCAAAGAAAAUGGCCCCCUGUCCUCAUACCUCCCCUGGAUUCCCUCAAAGACCCCCUGAAGCCCCCACAGAGCCUCAUCCUGUCCUCCCUGGACACAUCCAAGGACCAGCAGAAGAGGCCCCUGCUGGGAGGGGUGUUCGUCGACACCCACCACACUCAAGCUGUUGUGCCAAAUACUGUACAGGAGAAGGUGGAGGGGAGUGAAGUGAAGGAGAGGAAGGAGGGGGAGCUGACGGUGCUGUCUGUGGGGAGAUUCCAAGUCGCUCAGAUCCCCGAGCAGAAACCUGUCACCGUGGAUCCCAAGACAUCAUCUCAGGAGCAAAGAAACUCCCUGUUUGGAGGGAAAUCCUUCUGCUCCUCUUCAUCCGGCAUCAGGAGGUGAAGAGCCAGAGAGACGGUGUAUGAUAACGCUACCUCGCUGAAGAUGACCUCAUCGUUCGCUGACAACUUGAUAGCUGGCAGAGAGGGUGUUUCCACACGAGCGACACCAAGAAACCACAAAAACAAACUGGAAGAAGUUGUUUCUAUUCAGGCGAUAAGAGGAAUUUAACUGUAUUUAUUAUGACAUAAAAACAAUAUUGUAAUUUUACAGAUGCAUCAGAUAUCAUAGAAACUCAUCACAUCACGGCUGCUUCCCUGUCCCAACCCAAAGAGAAAGCGGAGAGCGUAGUUUUGUGAUAACAGAUUGUGAACACCUGACACGAGAAGGAAGGGUGAGAGGGAGAAAACAAAAAAAUGCACUCUCACCCCCUUUAUCUGUGCUUCCACCUAGAAAAACAUAGACACAGGGGUAACACACACGUAGGCUGACACAUCUUUAACAUACAUGUAGACAGAGACAUCUACACUACUUCUGCACAGUAAAAAAGGACAAAACACUGUGGAUACAUUACUGACACAAAGACAAAGCUCAAACAACAGUGAGACUGGAACAAAAUCAUUCAAGUGUGUACGUUUGAAAAAGAGUAAAUGUCAAGCCAAGUUGUCUGGGAUCAAGUGCCAUGUGAAUUAAGACUAUGACGGUUUCCAUCAAAUCUGGCUUGGCUGAAAUAUGAACCUGUAUGAUUUUGGGUCAUAGGACACUUGAUUUAAGACCACAGUAGCACUACAGGAAGUAUUAUGAGGACAAAAUGUUAAAGAAUUUAAUAUUAUUUUGUUGUUUAUUUAUCUAGCUCCUUUUCCUCUGCUCACACAGAAUUUAAAGGUGAGUUGAGAUUUUAGACCCUGAAUAUGUUGAAUGUAGUGUUUAAGGGACAGUUCACUCCAAUAAUCAUGAAUACAUAUUUUCCUCUUACCUGUAAUGUUAUUUAUGGAGAUUGGUUUGGGUUUAGUCGCAGAGUGUUGGAGAUAUUAGCUGUAAAGAUGUCUACUCUCUCAAAUGUAAUAGAACUAGAUGGCACUCGG